AUGGCUUCCAAGAUCCUGCUCCCCCUCCUCCUCCUCCUCGCCGCGGCGUCGCCGGCGGCGCUGGCCGCCUUCGACGCGCUGCAGAUGCUGGCCGACAAGCCCAAGUACGGCACCUUCUCGAAGCUCCUGGCGCAGACCAAGGUCGCUGAGGAGGCGGGCCAGCUCAGGUCGGCUUCGCUGCUGGUCGUCACCGACAAGGCCGCCAAGCCCCUGGCGUCGCUGGCCGCCGACAAGUUGCGGUCGGCGGUCGCCAACCACGUCCUCCUCAACUACUUCGACCCCAUCAAGCUGGACGAGAUGAGGACCCGCACCGCCCUGCUCCCCACGCUACUCUCCACCACCGACAAGCGCCUCGGUUUCGUCAACUACAGCAGGGCCGACGACGGGCAGAUGUACCUCGGCGCCCCCGGCGCCCCGUGCAUCGCCAAGCUCGUCAAGGUCGUCGCCGCGCGCCCCUACUCCGUCUCCAUCAUGGAGGUCAGCAAGCCCAUCCUGCCACCCGGGUUCGGCGACCCCGUCCCGGCACCCGGGCGCCGCGCCAAGGGUGGAAAGGCCAAGAUCAAGCCGUCGGCUUCAGGCCUUGACGAGUCCAAGAUAGCGGCCCCCGGUCAGGCCGCCGGAGCCACUGGAGAGGUGUUCCCGGACAACCCUGGAUUCGCUCCAGUCGCCGCCCCUAAGUAG